GAAAAUCCAACCAAUCGUAGGCGAUGGCGUAACAAAGGAGCCAGCUUUCCCGCCGGCGAUGAAGCAGAUGCCGAAAUCGCGAUUGAAGCAGCUUUUGGAACGUCCACUCGGCCUGAAAUACAUAUACAUUGGAGACAAAUCGUUUUCGAAAGGCGAUGCAAAAGAAUUCGAACCAACCUCCUUGUGUUUAGGUAAGUUGGUUCAAAACUACAUGGAGGAUCCCGACAGUGGGAAACAACGGUGCGGUGGCCCCGACAGCUGCGACACUUGUUUCGAUGAAGAAUUUUACUCUACUCGCAGAAUUUUACGAAGGCUCAAGAAUCUGCUUCUUUGUACUCACAUCCCUGAGGGAGAGAGGGACCUGAUGAUAAAGACAAGAGAGAUCGUCGAGAAGGAAAACAAUGAGGAUUCACAAAUGCGAGUUGUCCUCGAUGAACUGGUGGCUUUAGGCUACAAUGCAGCAAUAUGCAAAUACCGCUGGAAGCGAUCGAGAAAGCUCAUGUGUCCUGGAGAGUACGACUAUUUGGAUGUGAUUGUCGGAAAAAAAAGAGUUGUGAUCGACUUUGAUUUUAAGUCGAAAUUCAAGAUUGCUCCUCCCACCGAUACCUAUAAGUCGUUAUUAGAAACACUUCCUAACGUUUACGUGGGACGUGUGGGUCGACUUAAGAAGAUUGUGGAUGUGUUAGCUAAAGCUGCCAAGACAAGUUUUGAGAAGAAUGAGCGUGAGGUGCCGCCAUGGAGGAGAGCAGAUCAUGUCUUCCCCAGAUGGUUGGUUCCAUAUGUUCGUACUAAGCCAUCUCAGAGAAAAACCAAUGAAAUUACUAAGAAAUAAGCUUUUGAUUCUCUUUUAUGGUUGGUUCCCUAUGUGUUCUGAAACUUGGAAUAUUAAGUUUUUAAUAUCUAAGAAAUAAG